UCAAACAGGAAGGAAAUGGAAGUUUUCCCAGCCAUCUUCCUCGUGUCGAUCCUGCUUUCUUCCUGCAUCGACGUGGUGACCGCCGAUUCCAUCAUACACAUCGGGGCAAUUUUUGAUGAAUCUGCCAAGAAGGAUGAUGAAGUGUUUCGACUUGCAGUAACUGACCUCAACACGAAUGAGGAAAUUUUACAGACAGAGAAAAUUACAUUUUCUGUGACAUUUGUGGACAGCAACAACCCUUUUCAGGUUGUCCAGGAAGCAUGUGACCUGAUGAACCAAGGCAUUUUGGCCCUCGUCAGCUCCAUUGGCUGCAUGUCAGCUGGGUCCCUCCAAUCCUUGUCAGACGCCAUGCACAUCCCUCACCUCUAUAUACAAAGAACGACAUCUGGAUCACCAAGGAGUGGCUGUGGCCUCAGCAGGAGCAGCAGGAAUGAAAACUACACUCUCUCUGUCCGCCCGCCAGUGUAUCUGAAUGAAGUUAUACUCCAAGUAAUCUCAGAAUUUGCCUGGCAGAAGUUCAUCAUUUUCUAUGACAGUGAAUACGAUAUCCGUGGGAUUCAGGACUUUUUGGACAAAGCUUCUCAGCAAGGGAUGGACGUGGCUCUGCAGAAAGUGGAAAACAACAUUAACAGGAUGAUCAGUACUAUGUUUGCCACAAUGCGUUUGGAAGAGAUGAACCGCUACCGUGACACACUUCGGCGGGCAAUUCUCUUCCUGAGCCCACAGACCGCCAAGGCUUUUGUUUCUCAGGUUGUUGACUCCAAUCUAGUGGCUUUUGACUGUCACUGGAUCUUCAUAAAUGAGGAGUUAAGUGAUGGCGAUCUCCAGGAGUUGGUGAGGCGCUCAAUUGGAAGGUUGACAAUAAUUCGGCAGACCUUUCCCUUGUCCUUUAACAGCACUCACAGUUGUAUUCGUGGUAAACACAGAAUCUCUCCAUCAUUGUGCGAUCCCAAGGACCCUUACAAGCAUAACAUGGAGAUCACCAAUCUCUACAUAUACGACACCGUGGUGCUUCUGGCACAUGCUUUUCAUAAGAAGCUGGAGGAUCGGAAAUGGCACAGUAUGGCCAGCUUGACGUGCAUCAGGAAGAACUCAAAGCCUUGGCAAGGUGGACACUCAAUGUUAGAGACUAUCAAGAAGGGUGGAGUAAAUGGGAUGACUGGACUCCUGCAAUUUAAAGAACAUGGCGGAAAUCCAAAUGUGCAAUUUGAAAUUCUGGGUACGAACUAUGGCGAGGACUUGGGGAGAGGGAUCCGGAAACUUGCCACCUGGAACCCCAACUCUGGGCUAAAUGGAUCUCUAACAGAUAAAAAACUGGAAAACAACAUGCGUGGAGUGAUGCUUCGGGUUGUGACACUGCCGGAGGAACCUUUUGUUAUGGUGUCGGAAAAUGUACUCGGAAGAACAAAGAAAUACUAUGGAUUCUCAAUUGAUGUCCUGGAUGCCUUGUCAAAUUAUCUGGGCUUCAAAUAUGAAAUCUACGUGGCUCCUGAUCACAAGUUUGGAAGCCAGCAACCUGAUGGAAACUGGAAUGGGCUGAUUGGAGAACUUGCCUUCAAGAGAGCGGAUGUGGGAAUCUCAGCCUUGACCAUCACACCGGAACGGGAGAGCGUUGUGGACUUCACCACGCGUUACAUGGACUACUCGGUGGGAUUCCUGCUGAAGAAGGCAGAGAAGACUGUCGACAUGUUUGCCUGCCUGGCGCCAUUUGAUUUCUCCCUGUGGGCGUGCAUUGCUGGCACAGUGAUACUGGUGGGCCUGUUAGUGUACCUACUGAAUUGGCUUAACCCUCCAAGACUGCAGAUGGGCUCUGUCACCUCCACUACCUUGUACAACUCCAUGUGGUUUGUCUACGGUUCCUUUGUGCAACAAGGCGGGGAAGUUCCUUACACAACUUUAGCUACUCGAAUGAUGAUGGGAGUCUGGUGGCUAUUCGCUCUGAUUGUGAUAUCCUCCUACACAGCAAACCUGGCAGCCUUCCUCACAAUCAACCGCAUUGAAAACUCCAUUCAGUCCCUGCAAGAUCUUUCCAAGCAAACAGACAUACCGUACGGCACGGUGAUGGAGUCGGCUGUGUAUGAGCAUGUUCGAGUCAAAGGAAUGAACCCCUUUGAGAGAGACAAUAUGUACGCCCAAAUGUGGAGGAUGAUCAACAGAGGUAACGGCACAGAAACCUCGGUGAAGGAUUCCCAGGACGGCAUCCGAAGGGUGAAAGCUGGGAAUUAUGCCUUCGUUUGGGACGUGGCAGUGUUGGAAUACAUUGCCCUGAACAGUCCUGACUGCUCUUUAUUCACUGUUGGCAACACCCUGGCAGACCGAGGAUAUGGCAUCGCUCUCCAGCAUGGCAGCCCGUACAGAGACAUCUUUUCCCAAAGGAUCCUGGAACUUCUGCAACACGGAGACCUUGACAUCCUGAAGCACAAAUGGUGGCCCAAGACAGCGCAGUGUGACAUCUACUCCUCAUCCAGAGCUCAGCAGAAAGGCAAUGCCUUUGACCUGGCCAGCUUCGCUGGUGUCUUCUGCAUCCUGGCUGCCGGCAUCAUCCUGGCCUGCCUCAUAGCCAUCGUGGAAAACUGGUGGAACAGACGGAAAGGAUCCCGCGUCCCCUCGAAAGAGGACGAUAAAGAGAUUGACCUGGAGCAUCUCCACAGGCGAGUCAACAGCCUCUGCACAGAUGAUGACAGCCCCCACAAACAGUUCUCCACCUCGUCCAUAGACCUGACUCCGCUGGAGGUUGACACCAUCCCAUCGCGGCAAGCCCUCGAGCAGAUCAGUGACUUUCGAAACACCCACAUCACCACCACCACCUUCAUACCAGAGCAAAUCCAGACUAUAAGCCGCAGCCUGUCCGCUAAAGCCGCCUCCGGCUUCUCAUUCGGGCCAAUGCCUGACCAUCGAACUGGCCCCUUCCGAAGCAGGGCACCUAAUGGUGGCUUCUUCCGAAGUCCUAUUAAAACCAUGUCCUCAAUCCCUUAUCAACCAACUCCAUCAGCUGCGUACAGCCUCAACAAUGACCCUGAUCGAGGCACCUCCAUAUGA